GUUGUGAUUCCACUAGUACUAGUGUACACUUGGAGGUAAGCAAAUACAGACCAGUGUUUACAAGCAUACAUAACUAUGACGAUCAUGGAUUCCUUUUCAUCAAUGUUAGUUACCUGCCUCUUCAUUGGUUUCUCUAACAUUUUCAUCGUUCGUUGUGAGGAAUCCAAACCAUUUACACAAGACAGCUACACAAGUCAUUUGAUAAUCUUCGCUUCUGUGCUGGGUUACCUUAUACUAGUCUCACUCUUUGCAAUUGUUGUAUGGUAUUGCAUCGCAAAACCCAAGUCAAAUCAACAUCAGAAACCCGAACCGACAAAUGAUACAGAUCUGCAUUUCACUUUUGUCACUUAUCCCGAACAACCGGAAAGAUACACCAGCGCACUCGAUAAUUUUUGCAGUGUCGAUAUAAACGAGUAUGCACCAGCUACAGACAUGUCAUCCUUGGGUACUGACGACCGACGAUCAGUGGUAGACAAAGAGACAUAUGUGGAUCUGAACAAUAUGCACGUGUAUUUCGAUAACGCUGGCUACGUCGAAUAAACACGUCAUUUAGAACAACGAUACUACACAGUAUUUAUAUUCUAUGAACUAUAUUUUGUGGCGAAUUCAAACAUGAUGCAAUUAGAGGCGUGUUCGACAGAGCGGGUACUCGCGAGUGGUCGCCCCAAAAUUCCCUUUAACUAAUAUACCCGCAACACAAAUUUCGGAUCGUUAUACCGAAUACGUACUGAAUAAUGUACAUGUAUAAAUAAUGUAUCAAAGACACCUAGAAACUGAUUUUUACUUGUUUAUGUACAUGUGAUAAUUCUAAUUAAACAGCUAUACGACUAAGGAUUCGCCACAUCCUACAUGUAUGUAUAAAAUGCAUAAAACUCGUACAAUUACUUGUUUUUGUAUCAGCUACAUUGAUAUCAACAUUGUUACUUCUAAGAUCUUAUAUUAUCAACUUGUAAAUUUGUUAAAUUCAAAAAUUUUGUUUUUAAACGUGUAUUUUCAAAUAAUUAAAAAAAAACAACAUAUAUCAAUAUGACAAGAUCGAAUUGACUCUUACACAUUUCGAUAAACAACACUGGUUACAAUAAUACUGGUUUUUAUAAGGGGAUGCAUGGUCAACAAAUUAAGCAUAAGAUCUGCCUUAAAGUUUUAAAUGUAAUAUAUCUGGCCAUAAACUUACCAUUUUGUAAAGAAUAAUGAAUAUUAUAAAUUAUUUUUUUUUCAAAUACGUUUCUUUAAACAAAGUAUUUCACCUUAAUGAGAUACAUUUCAUUUAAAAUAUAUGCGUUAA